GGUGCAAAGAAACGAAACUCCACAGAAGCACUGCAGGAAGCUUGACCAUGGAGGCUGACUUCCAAGUGUGCAGGAACUGCAAAAGAAAUGUGGCCUCUCUCCACUUCAUGCUCCACGAGGCGCACUGCCUGCGCUUUGUGGUCCUUUGCCCGGAAUGUGAAGAGCCCAUCCCAGAGUCAAAGAUGAAAGAACACAUGGAAGCUGUGCACCAGCAGACCAAGGAAAGCCAACAGCACCCUGCCAAGUGCAAGUUCUGUGAGCUGGCCGUGCAACUCAGCAAUCUGGAUGUCCACGAGUCCCAAUGUGGCAGCCAGACAGAGCAUUGUCCACACUGCAACCAGUCCAUCACACUCCGAGUACUGGCCCAGCACAAAGCCAUGUGUCUGAGUGCAAAAGGCAGGCCUGGGGAAGGGAAGAGAAUUGUAUCAUCUCCUGGAAGAAAAACCCAUUGUGAUAUUUGCAAACAAAUGAUUCCAGAAAAUACGUAUGCCUCCCAUAUGAAACAAUGUUCUGCCCCACACACCGUGACACUUAUCCGGGAUGGACGUAAAAUAGUCAUUCCUUCAACCCUUGCGUUUAUGGACUCUGGCAGUCGAAGAUCCACAGUGAGUAAAGAUGUUCGUCCAAAGACAAAACAUAGAAAGAGUUCAACAAAGCAAGAGACAAAAAUCCAAACCGGCACUGUGGAUCUGCCUUUGAAGUCUGGGCUCCAGCAGAUGGCUAUUCUUCCUAAAGGCGAUGAGACAGCCUAUGACACUCUCCGGAACUGUUGUCAGUGCCGAAUCUUACUUCCUUUGCCCAUUCUAAAUGAGCACCAGGAGAAGUGCCAGAGAUUAGCUCACCAAAAGAAACUCAAGUGAGGAUGGCCAGCUGGAUUCCGAAGAUUGAAGAGCACCAGUUCACACUAGCUUUGCAGUUCCCACUAGCUUUCCAGUUCCCACUAACUUCCCAAUUCCCACUAACUUCCCAGUUCCCACUAGCUUUCCAGUUCCCACUAGCUUUCCAGCUUCCUUCCCUAGUGGUCACAACUUUGUUUUCUUUACCAAUCUCUGUAACCAAAUUUCCCCCCUUUAAUUUCUAACUGUUUCAUACGAGUUUACAAUGUAUUGUUAUCAUGCUUAUCCCCAUUGCCAACCUACUCCUAUGAACCCCCUUUCUUCCCAACAGUUCCCUGCUUUCACAUCUCGAUUCCAUGUUUGCGGGUGCUGUGUGCGUGCACACACACAUGCUAGCAUGCACAUGCUAAUCCAGGUCUUGUGCCAACAGUAACCACGGCUGAUAUGUGCGGCUGUUUGCAACAGCCAUGGCCAUGCGGAAUCCAGAAGAAAGCAUCUGAUAGCACCCCACCAGGCCCCUAAUCCUUGGCUCUUGCCGGCUUUGGGCCCCAUCUUCCACAAUGUCCCCUGGGCCUUGGGAGGGAUGUGUCAUCUUGGGCUCAGGUCAGGGUCACUCAACUGUCGCUCUUGGCACUUUGGGUGGCCAAGAAAAGAAAAGAGACAGGCUUUCACCUUUGGGCUAUAGAGGAUGUCUUUCCCUUCUUCUGAGCUACAGAUGACCGGGAGAAAAGGCUUUUUUUUUUUUUUUUUUUUUGCUUCUUGCACUGAACUCAAGCACCUAGGCUCAACUGCUGGGUUGGUUGCUCAAGAAACCCCUGCUUUAUCCUAAGUUUCUCCCUGAUCUUUUUCUUUGCCUUCCUCGUUGGCUCUUCUGGACAAGGCAGGUUAGGAAUAUGAGGCCUAAAGGGGGAGAUGA